UGAGAACAAUCACAACAAGACUUCGUUGCUCAUUCGUUUAUUAUAUAGUAUUUAAAGAUUUUUAAUGCUAGAACUAUUGUUACAAGGCGUUUUUCGUUUAUUUGAAUAGAAAUGGCAAAUAUUGGUGACUUAGAAGUGUUCAGACAGAAGUGGAGAGAAGAGCUAAACAAGAAACAAAAUGUUGAAAGAGAAGAUGGUGAUGAUAGUGGUGGAAGCAACAUCCAAACAACCUCAAAAAACCAAAACGUGACAGUGUCACCAAACAGUGUCAACAUAAAAUUCAAUGAAAAUAUCAUUUCCUCAAGCUAUAAGCCAGACAACUCCAACCACAAGCCAGAGGUUGCUUAUUACCCCUUUGACAUUGUGUGCAAUCUUUUGAAAUUUGACAAAAAGAAUCUGCAGGAUCAGGAAGACUUAGAUAUAAUUCCUGUUGUAAAAGGCAAACUAAAAAGACACAGAGAGCAGCAGCCUAAGAAUAAUACUGUCAAGAAAGUGAAACUCAAAGACAUCUUCUCUGACAGAGUGAAUCAGAGUGAUGGAUUUGCCAGAGAAAGGAUUCUAGACAAAUUUAUUUCAGAUUUGGAUGAAAUCAACGAAAUUCCAUUCUUUGACAUCUCAGUCCCCAGAGAAGUUGCUGUGAAGAUAUUCCAGCAUCUGAGCAUGCUAGACCUAUGCAGAUGUGCUCAGGUCAGUAAAAGUUGGAAAAGCCUGGCAGAGGAUGAACUUCUCUGGUGCAAGAUUUGCCAUGAACUAGGAUGUGAGGAAAAUACUCUUGCUGUUGAAAGGAUUGACUGGAAAGAGAUAGUCAGACAAAGCGUCAGUCACAAAAAGCUUGUACUGUCUAACUGGAAGGAGAGAAAAGCAGAAGUAAGACAACUGCAGCAUAUGCCUGGCGGGAUUUUAUGUUCUGUGCAUUCUUUCUGCAACUUUGUUGCUGCAGGGUAUACCAAAGGUGAUGUAAAAGUUUGGGACAUAGAGAAUGAAGAAGACUUUGUGCUUCAGCCUUCAAAUACUUCACUCAUCAUCAAUGAAGAAGCAGAAGAAGGCACUAUCACUAAUUAUGUUACCAUGGUUUCAACAUCUACGAAACAAGUUGCUGCUGCAUUUGAACAAGGAAAUUUAGACAUUUGGCAGUUACAGGGGAGUCAGACACUUCCAUGUUACACGUUUGUUGAUGGUCAUUCAAACAAGAUCUCUCACCUCCAGCUAUCAGAUCUAUCGGACUCUGUGAUUUCAACAGCUGGGCCAUUUCUUCAUGUACACCAGAAAAAAUCUGGUUCAUUCCAAACGCAACAAGUAGAUGUCCAACAGUGGAUCCAGCAUAUAGAGUUGUUUGAGCCAAUGAUCUCAUCUCCAAAAGUGGCUGUAUCUACCUGGUUUAAAGUCUGUCUGUACAACACAGAGAACCUAAAUCAACAGUGUACAGAGAUUCACAAUAUUCUAGACAUGCACAUCUCUGCCGUUGAUGUGUCAGAAGAAAGCAAAACAUUGGCUGUUGCUCUGCAACACAAGGUCAAAUUAUAUGAUAUACAGUCAAACAAGGAGCUACAAGAUUUAUACGGACACACAAGAGAAAUUUCCUGCAUGAAUUUAAGAUCUAGUCCCAUCAAUAACUUUGUGACUGGCAGUGUAGAUAGAAGGGUGCGAGUUUAUGACACCAGGACCAGUAACCCAGUGGCCUCCUUCACCGGCCACAUGUACCAGAUCACCACAGUACAGAUGGAUGACUGGAAGGUCAUCUCUGGAGGCUACGAUGGAUUCGUUUUUGUGUGGGACUUGCGCAUGACUCAAAAACUAUGGGAAAUUCACAACAGACAUCCAGUUAGACACUGCAGAUUUUCAGAAGAAAAACUUGUUUUUGGAAAUGUUCCUUGUACUAAAUUUCCAGUUCUUGAUGAGUUUGAAAACAGCACACACAGGAGGUUUCGAGGAGAAAUACAGGUCUAUGAUUUCUCCAAGGACCAGCUGACUCAAGGAGUACCAGAUAUCUGCCUGUCCACUUUUGAUGAACCCAGUGCUUCCAACUAUAACAUGGCCCUAGUGAAUCCAUACGACAAAAUCUGAACAUAAU